AGUAAAUUGAGGUGUGUGGUUACUGGCAGACACAUGCCCUACAUUUCUAUGUUUAUGAACUUAUCAAUGCCAACUGGUUUUUGUUCAAGGAAAUGUGUGAGGGAUGAGCCUUCUACCUAAAUAAAGGACUUCAUCACUUGCUUUAACAGGGUGUCAAGUCACGCAUCCCUACUCUCACGCAUGCGCUGACGUCUACAUGCUCUACUCCACAUAACAAGACAGCUCUACCAUUGACGGGUUGUCUCAAUAAUAGACAUUAUAUAUCUUCUCAAGAACACACGCACUCGUAACACUUGACACACAUACUCUCUUCCUUCCUACUUCCCCCGAAACUGUUAUUGUUCUCGCAUACACUCACAUGUAGAUAGACUCUGGGUUUUGCCACAUACCAGUGGGGAUGCAAAAUCACAAGUCUGGUGUUCGAGACGGCAGUGAAGUCAUUUACCAUAUUGCUGACCACGGCGGUCUACUCUUUGGAAGCUGAUGUCCAUGACAAGAGGCGGCCAUAGUCACCACAUACCAAGCUCAUUAGCACGUUUGAAUGGGGACACCUAGCGACUUUCUCAUCAUAUCGACCUGACACUAUGUCACUGACACUGACACUGACACUGCGACACUGAUACCCUGCCAUUGGCACAAUCGCAGGUAAUCCUUGCACACAAGUAUUCUGUAGGUUUGCUGUCCUGAGAAGGUAAACCGCCUCUAACAGUGUCCUGUACAGGGAAGACCGUCAACAAUGGCUGCUCAUCCGUCGUCUGCUCCACAACAGGGACAGCGCCCUACAGGAGGCGGAAGACAAAGUUCUAGAGGCGGUGGCCGGGUCAGUGUAUACCUACACGCCGUGACUGAUGAACAGGCGGAAUUACUUACUGAUACAUUGAACACGAGUCCCCUAGAAGAGGUCAAGAAGUCAGGCGUUGACGUAGAGUUGGACUCCAACCCCUCACCUGUACCAGGUAUGAAAAUUCUCAACAUCCGCGGGGCUCCUUCUCAGAUCCAGGCGGCAGUCGGUCUCGUCAGUCAGAAGAUUGGUUCGAAGGAAACAUUAUCAGACCAGGCUCAGACAUUCUGGCUCCAGUGGGUCCAGGCCGCGUUCCCUGAUCUCCACUCUCGCGCCUACUUCCUGCCUCCUGUCUACUUCAACCGCGUGCCCGUGACUAGACAGUCGGUUGCUGGUCAGGAUGUUCUCGUCCUACAGUCAGCACCUGGACAGGCUGGUCAGUCUAACCAAGUGCCUACGAGUUCAUUUUCUGCUGCUCAUCCAUCCAUUUCUCACCCUCCUCGCCUUCAGGACAGUGAUGUCAGAGACGAUGCAUCCAUGCAAAGGAUUUUUGUCUGUCUUCAGAAAAUGUUUGAAGAGAACAGAGAUGUGGUGGUUGGACUGACUCAGCUUCAGUUCGGACAGUACCUGGGGGAACCUUGUUACGCUGCCGCCGCUAUGCACCUACCCCUACCCUCGAGCCUCCCUUCUUCUUUACCACAAAACUGGAAACGAGGAGACUUUGAUGUUCUUCUGAUUCAUCGACAGUACGGACUGGUAGUCUGUGAGGUCAAGGCAUUUGGUGAUAAUAUCAGAGUUUUGAAGAUGUCACAGCAGGAUGUAAGUAAUAACAUUAAAAAGAAACUAAAAGACGCCGCGUCACAGCUGGACAAGGCGGAGGCCAUGUUGUUUCACCUGGUGUCUGACAUCGCUCCCGGUCUGCGCAUCACUAAGGUCAUCGCCUUUCCCAACCUAACGGGUCAUCAGCUUCAACAGGCCAUCUCCAGCGACAACAACCUCAUUCAGGUUUUUACCUCCCUUGUGUUACCUUCUACCUUCUAUGAACGCUUUGUCAACUGACAUAUUUAGCAUUUAUUCGAAAUGGGCUCAACACAGGUAGACCAUAUGAUAUGUAAAGUGUUUGGUUUUGGUUCUGACAGUGUUUCUCCAAUGAAUGUUGUCAAUUAACAAAGCAGUCUGGGCGGUAAGACGUUAGAUUAGCGGCUACACAGUAUAUGGCAUCGCUUUCGAUGCACAUUAUCUCCUGUGCGAGAUAAAUGAUUUGUUUAAAUGAAGUCAUUACAAGUAGACCGCUCUUUUAACAACAUUCUUGUAGUGUAAGUACCUUACGAAAUUACUGACUCGUAUUUAAAUUCUACUUAAUGUGUUUUGUAGAGGGCAAGUGGGCUGGCGUUUUGUUGUUAGUUUUUGGCGGGACCUGCGGAGGCAUCGUGUGAGAGGAAACUCGGCA